AUGAGGCCCAAGCAGACUCGGAAGCUUGUUGAGAGUCAAGGAGCGAUGGAGAAUUCGCAAGACAACGAUGGGAAAGGUAUCAAAGGUCAAGAGAAUCAAUCUGCCGUUAUGGACGUAGGUGUUCAGAUCGCCGAGAAUGAUUUCGUUCGUGACGAGAAGGGCAAAGAAGCUUAG